AUGCCGCCAUUCAAACAAAUCGCUCGGAGGACAACGAGGCAUCAGAUUCAUGAGUCAGGAGAAAUCAUUCCAGAAGCCAUGUUAAACGACGAGUUCUCCCGUAUGUUAAUUUUGAGUAACGAUUACGAUGGGAGGCGUCUCAUUCGUUUCAAUUUCAGCUCGCACGAGUACAAACCAAUAACAACGUUCGACCCCGCAACAGUAUUAAUCGAGGGUAGUAUCGACUACAAACAGGGCGAGGAGCCGUCUUUAGUCGCAGUCUUUUCAGAAGAUGUAACACUAUAUGAUGAUGAAACUAACGAGAAAGCAGAAGAAGUCCCAAAACUUGUAAGAAACCAAUUUAAUUACAGUGACAAAGGUUUACAAACCCUCGACCCUCGACCCCGGGACAGGAUUAUGGAGACAGAGCCGCCAGCCACUGCUUCGUUUUCUGCUAACAGUAGUCCCGGGACUAUCUAUGAUGCGUACAUUAACCAAAAUAAGAAGCCAGUUUAUGGAAUUGAAACUUAUCCAACGACUCUAAACCCGAAUGUUAACAGGUUGGCUUCAGUUGCAGAAAGAAUGGUAAUUCAGAAUUUAUACGACCAUCUUCUUCAAGAUUUCAAAUAUUAUGAAGACCCAGCAGACGAUGUACGAGGUCACAUUGGUUGUUUAUUGCCUCUGUGGAAGUUUACAUCAGAACUAACUAAAUAUUUAUCCGUGACUAAUUUAUGUUGGAAUCCACAAUAUUCGGACUUAUUUGCUGUCACCUUUGGUUCGUUUACUUUCUCCAAGGAAGGCGAAGGGGCAAUUUUGUUGUAUUCCCUGAAAAACCCUUCAUAUCCAACUUAUUGCUUCCCGACAGAUUGCGCAGUGAUGAGUGUAGAUAUUCAUCGGAAGUUUCCUAAUUACGUAUGUGCUGGCUUUUGCGAUGGUGGUGUGGCUUUGUACAAUCUGUGUCACAAUACAAGAGGUCCAGAAAAACGAUCAGAAAGAGGAGUGCACAACAUGCACAUCGCGCAGAUGCAGUGGGACCACAACCUCACAGAUAACUUGCUCAGCUUCUAUUCCAUCUCACCUGACGGGGUAAUCGUAAAGUGGACAUCGGUGAAGAACGGUUUAAAACAUCACGUUCUGGUCACGUUAGACAUUUCUGACUUUAUCGAAACAUCGAUAACGGAAAUGAAGGCGGGAAUCUUUGGAAGCGGCAUCACUUUCGAUUUUCAUGCCACCCAGAAGCAUCUCUACCUGGUUGGAACCGAAAUGGGCCACGCGCAUAUUUGCUCGAGGACCCACUCGGCAGAAGCGUUGCAAACCUUCGACGCCCAUCAUUCUUCUAUCUACAAAAUCGCCUGGAAUAGGUUCCACCCGAAAGUCUUCAUUACGUGCAGUGAGGACUGGACGGUGAAAAUCUGGGAGAACGUGGGAAUCAUUUGUAAGCCUCUGCUAGUGUUUGAACUUGGCAGCCAGGUGUAUGAUGUUGAGUGGGCACCGUUUUCAUCGACCGUCUUCGCUGCCGUUACGGCCAACGGUGAAGUUAUACUCUAUGACAUUGCCGUCGACAAAAACGAACCUUUGUGCGUGCAGGUGGUCGUUUUUUUGAAGAACACUCGGAUCAUGCAUUUGGCAUUUAAUCAAGUGUACCCUAUUCUAUUGGUAGGGGAUGAUAGAGGAGAGGUCACGUGCUUAAAACUUUCCCCAAAUUUAAGGAAGGGGCCAAAGGAUAAAAAACUGCAUGUUCCUACGGACAAAAAAGACAAAGAUACCUUAGAAAUAACUCGGCUUGAUGAUAUUCUUGCUACUGUUCGCGAAAAGAGUGGUUAA